UUUAAUCAAAUGCGAGGUGCUAUCUCUCUCGUCUCUUAACCCUUCAUUUUCCAUUUAAAAAAGAAAGCUUUGCUGAGGGCCUUGUCAAUGUUAGCAUCAUGACUAGCGUGAUUGCAGGCUUAAGUUUUCUUCUUGCUCUGGCAACAGGCCAAUACACUCCUGAUUGGGAGAGUUUGGAUGCCAGACCGCUCCCGUCAUGGUAUGAUGAAGCUAAAGUCGGCAUAUUCAUGCAUUUAGGACCUUACGCGGUGCCAGGUGUAGAGUCUGAAUGGUUUUGGUUGCAAGCCACACGAAAUGAGAGUGAAGGGGAUCAAAAGUGCGCCAAAUACCUUGAGGACUACUUCCCUCCUAAGUUUGUUUAUCAGGACUUUGGACCUAUGCUUACCAUGGAUUUCUUUGAUACGGACUUCAUCUCCGACCUGGUUGUGGAUUCUGGAGCCAAAUAUCUUGUGUUCACAUCUAAACACCAUGAUGGCUACUGCAAUUGGCCUUCAACCUACAGCUACGGCUGGAAUUCCAUGGCAGUUGGACCGCGACGAGACGUCCUUGGGGAAUUAAAAUCAUCGUUCGAGAAGAGACACCCUGGCUUCCAUUUUGGUGUUUAUUACUCUUUGUUCGAAUGGUUUAAUCCCAUUUACCUCAAGGACAAAGAAAAUAAUUUCACAACAAGGGAAUAUGCCUUAAACAAGAUGCAACCGGAAAUGAAAGAACUCAUCAACAAGUACACCCCUGAUGUCCUUUGGGUAGAUGGUGAAUGGGAAGCCGAAUCAGAGUACUUUGGUUCUACAGAUUUUUUAGCUUGGCUUUACAAUGAAAGUCCAACCAAAACCAAUAUUGUUACAAAUGACAGAUGGGGCCAAGAAACCCGCCUAAAACAUGGUGGAUAUUAUUGUGGUCCCGAUCGAUUCUCCCCUGGAACGCUUCAAGACCAUAAGUGGGAGAAUGCCAUGACCGUUGAUAGGAUAUCAUGGGGUCACAGACGAGACAUCAAUAUUGAGGAGAUCUUUUCCAUGGAUGAAUUGGUCUCUGAAAUCACGAAGACUGUCAGCUGUGGUGGCAAUAUCUUAAUCAAUAUUGGUCCAACCAAGGAAGGAACCAUUAUCCCCGUGUUUCAAGAACGACUUCGUUCAAUUGGAGCGUGGUUGAAGGUCAAUGGAGAAGCUAUCUAUGGUUCCAAGCCUUGGACCACACAAAAUGAUACUCUGGCUUCGAACGUGUGGUACACUAAAAAGGAAUCCGAUGUGUAUGGAAUUGUCUUGGGUUGGCCUAAUGAUGACGUCAUUCUCCUUGGAGCACCUAAGGUGGAGCAAGGGCAAACGAAGAUAACCAUGUUAGGAUUCUCAGGCACCCUGGAUUUUACAACUGAACCUGAGGGUCUGGCAGUUCAGUUUCCGUCUUUGGGAAAGGUUGUGCAAGGCUGCUCUGCUGGUUGCCAAUGGGGAUAUGUCCUAAAAUUUGAAGGGUUGGCUAAGGACGAUGACUUUAAAGUGGAUACAGGAAUUAGGGUUUGAAAUAGAUUUUAAGGAACCCCCCUAUUUGCUUCCAUACAUGUACUUGAAAUCACUAUGGCAAUGAAUAUGAAUGAAAUGUAAUACGAUUUGUAAACUACAAUUCGUAAUUAAUGCACAAGGUAGACGUCAUAUCAAUAUGAUUGGGAAUCUGCAA